UCGGUAAUUGCUCUAAAAAACAUUUUUGUUAAUUAAAUUUACAUAUAUUUGAUUUGUAAUCGAAUGAUUCAUGUAACAAUUUGUAUAAAUGGAUGUAAACAAUGUAUCUCUGAAGGAUGUCAAAAAUAUUAGCAAGAAAAUAAAACAAAAGAAAAUUAUUGUGCAUCCGGACACAGAGGAUGAGUUUUCAAUUCAUUUUUAUCGUCAAAAUUGGCCUUUAACGAUUGUAUUCAUUUAUCUGGGCGUUGUUACGGCAGGAAUAAUUUUUUUGAUAAGUUACUGGUAUCCAAACCAUCGUUUGAAAUUUACCCACAACCGAUGCAGCGUCGAAGAAGCAUCUAUAGUGCACAUUCGUAAAAAAGAUGGAGGGCAACGUUUUAUUUCUAAAAUAAAAAUAGUUUCUAUUGGAAGUUUUAAUUUAGAAAACGAAAACAACUUUACCGAGUUUGAAAAAAAAAUCGUCAAGGAAUCAAAUAUACGGUAUUUUGAAUUUAUGUUUUUGCGUUACAUAAUUUGCGAAAAAACCAAUACAAUAAUUCCUUUAGCAGAUGCAGAUAAAAAUUGGAAAUUUUCAGACAUUUUUUACUGUAAAAACGGAAUCAAUAUUUUUUCGGUGAUUACAAAAUUAGCAAUAUAUAAUGUAAAUUACAUUGAUGUACCAAUAAAAUCGUACUUCUUGAUUUUUUUGGAAUUAUCUUUGGAUCGUUUUUACAUUUUCCAACUAGCCAGUAUAACGAUAUGGUUUAUUGAAGAUUAUUACUUAUACGCUUCAUUUAUACUUAUAAUGACAAUCAUUUCAUUAAUGAUGAAUGUAUAUAUGACUAAAAAAGCAAUGCAAAAACUGCACAGUAUUAUACCCAAAUCAAAAGAAGUUCAAACCCUGCGACCAAUAGAAACGUCUUUUACAACUUCAUUUCAGGUUAUUACAAAGUCAUCAAGAGAACUUGUUCCUGGUGAUAUUUUAGUCAUUCCACUCAAUGGAAUGGAGUUACCGUGUGAUGCUAUUCUAUUGAAUGGACAAUGCAUUGUAAAUGAGAGCUCGUUAACAGGUGAGAGCAUACCAAGCAAUAAAAUAGCAAUUGAAGAAGAAUUGAACUCUGAGUCUUUUUACAAUGUGAAUUUAUACAAACAUAACACACUAUUCAACGGCACAACUAUUGUGCAAGCUAUUUCUGAUAACGAAGACAAAAGUGUCCUUGCUUUAGUCUUUCGAACAGGAUUUUAUACUCUAAAAGGUGAGUUGAUUCGGUCAAUUUUAUAUCCUAAACCAGUUCACUUGAAAUUUUCAAGCGACUCAAUGAAGCUAUUGCUUUGGAUAUCAUUAAUGGCAAUAUUUGGUUUUGUUUACACUGUUGUUGUUUACAAAAAAGUAGGUGCAAGUAACUCAGAAAUAAUAACAAAUGCUUUGGAUUUGAUUACUGUAAUUAUACCGGCCGCACUACCACUUAUUUUAUCCAUCGGUUUGAUGGUUGCAUCUCGGAGGUUGCAUAAAAAAAAUAUUUUUUGUAUUGAUCCAAAUCGCAUAAAUAUAUGCGGAAAAGUUAAGUUAGCACUUUUUGAUAAAACCGGAACUCUUACUGAUGAUCAUGCAUCUGUCAUCGGGGUAGUACCUGUUAUUAAAGGAAAUAUUAAACACUUUAAAAGUACUUCUGUUGGAAUAACCGAUACACACUUGUUCAAAGCAAUGUCUACGUGUCACAAUAUGUCAAAUGUCGGUGCAAAACUUUCUGGAGAUUUAAUUGAUAUAUGUAUGUUUGAAUUUACUAAAUACAAGUUUCACGAUUCAAACUUGGAGAGUUUAAUGAUUCAUUUCAACAUUCCUAUAAAUUUCAAACCACAUGUAAAAGCUUUUGUUUCAUCAGAAAACCAGAAGCCAUUUGCUAUUUUAAAGUAUUUUCCAUUUGAAUCUUCUUUGCAGAGGAUGAGCGUUGUAACUAUUAAUGAUAACGAUUCAUUUAAUGUUUAUACAAAGGGAUCCCCGGAAAAAAUAUUGUCUUUGUGUAAUAAUGAUAGUAUUCCUAAGGAUAUUAAAGAAGAAAUAGCAAAGUAUACUAGCGUAGGUAACCGUGUUUUAGCUGCAGCACAUAAAUACAUUUCAUUUGUCACUGAUUGGAGCGAAUUAAACAGAAUUUCUCGAAAUGAAAUAGAAUCAAAUCUUAUCUUUUCAGGUGUAAUUAUUUUUGAAAAUGCCAUAAAACCGGGUACACAUGAUACAAUUAAAAUACUUUCUCAAGCAAAUAUAAGAACAGCAAUGGCGACUGGUGACGACCUACUAACCGCAUCUUUUGUAGCAAGAGAAAUCAACAUGGUAACUCCUGAUCAAGAUCUAAUUGAGCUUACAUUUAUAGAAGAAAAUGAAGUUUACAAAAAAUUAGAAAAUCAUAAAAAAGCAAUAUUUUUAGAAGAAAAUAGUACUAUUGAGCUGCAGCAUUCAUUAGACUAUGAUACUCAAAGAACAGCAAACAAUCCAAAGUUUGCACUUGCGCUAACUGGAGAUUCUUACGAAAAAAUUCAUCAACAUAAACCACACUUACUGCCUAAAAUUUUGGUUAGUGGAACAGUAUUUAGCAGAAUGUCUCCAAAUCAAAAAACUACUCUUGUUAAAGAUCUUCAAAAUAUUGGCUACGGUGUUUGUAUGUGUGGAGAUGGAGCAAAUGAUUGUGGAGCGCUAAAAGUAGCUCAUACUGGUAUUGCACUCUCUUACGCAGAAGCAUCAAUAGUAGCACCAUUUACAUCAAAAAUAUUCAAUAUUACGUGUGUUCCAACGCUAAUUAUGGAAGGACGCGCAGCACUUGUAACAUCAUUUGCAACAUUUAAGUAUAUGAUACUCUACAGCAUGGUUCAAUUCUUUGGUGUCAUAAUUCUUUAUACCGUUCAAUCAAAUUAUUCCAACAAUCAGUUUAUAUACGUAGAUUUAGGAUUAAAUAUUCCACUUGUGCUUGCAAUGACUUUAUCUAAAGCAAGUAACAAACUAUCUUUAAAAAGACCAAGGGGUAGACUUCUUCAUCCUAUUUUUAUUAGUGGAAUCAUUUUACAGAUAUUGCUUAUUAUAGGAACCCAGCUGACUGCUUUUUAUUCCAUUAAAGAAAUGAGUUGGUACGUCCCGGUAACAAAAUUUAACAUCAACAAAGAUAAUACUUGUUUUGAAAACAGUGUAGUCGUUAUCGUUUCGUUCUAUUUGACUAUAUGGACAUCAUUAAUUUGUUUUAAAGGUCCCCCAUAUCGAUCACCUAUUUAUCAAAACUACGUAUACGGAACUUUAAUUAUAGUUUUAAUAGCUAUAACUCUUUACAUAACUAUAAAACCGGCUCAAGGAUUGUUGAACCUAUUUAGUUUGAUUGAUCCGCCAAAUCUUAAACAUUCUAUUCUAGUGAUUGGAAUACCUUUGAGUCAUUUAGUUAUAUCCCUUCUUUUAGAACAUUUGCUGGAAGCAAAAUAUACAAAAAUAUUCACGAACUGGAUAAGAAGGAAAAAAUCACCGAAAAAUUUAUACAAACAUAUUUUAACAGAAAUGCAAAAUCAAGAUUGGCCUCCACAAGAGUAAUUUUAAGCAUUAUCGAAUAUUUUUUUUAUAUUUAUCAUCUUUAUAUACCAUAUUUCUAUAUCUUA